UACGUACUCAGCCCCUCUGCCAUUUUUCAGUCAAUGAGCUCUCUCUCUCUCUCUCUCUCUCUCUCGCCUUCCUUGCCCCUUCCUCCGCUUGAAACUACACUAGUUUCUCCAUGACCUAUCUAUAAAUCCCACCUUUUCUCCCUGUACAUCUUUGCUUUUUCCAUCUCAAAGCAAAAGCCAGAAAGAAUUGUAGACGACCAAAUCAAGCUAUGGAGAUGGAGGUGCUUCCUCCUGUGGACUUCAACUUCGACAGUGCUUGCUCAUCUCCUUACAUUACCGCACCUUCCAGCCCCCAACCCUUCGGCAAUUUCUUCCUCAGCGCCCCCACCAGUCCACGCAGCUCAUCCGCUGCCGCCUUCCUCCGCCAAUUCAACGACCUCUCUCUCCUCACCUCCGCCGCCACCGCCAUCGGCACCGGCGCUUCAUCUUCUCCGACGCCUAAGUCGAAAAAUAAUCUCCAUAAUUGUGACGAGGACGACGACGGCGACGGUCAAGAGGAUUUUGCGUUCGAUUUCAGCGGACAGUUGGAGAGACCUUCGCUCUCCGCCGACGAGCUCUUCGACGGCGGAAAAAUCAAGCCCCUGAAACCGCCUCCGGAGCGUUCUGAUUCGUCGAGUCUCAACAAAUCAGAAUUCUUGCGGCGGCGAAAAGAAGAUGCCGCGUUUCUUGCGGCGGAAGAAACCCGGGAGAGAAGAUCUGCACGGAAAGGGAAGCACUCGCAAUCGCAGUCGCAGUUGCCGUUCCGAGUCGCCGAUUUGCUAGAUUCUCGAACCGGAACCAAUCGGUCCGGUCCGAAACAGCCUUCGUCCUCUUCUAAUUCUUCUUCCGGUUCGUCGAGUUCGUCGGCAAUGGCACCGCUGUCCCCGAAAGGAUACAGAAAAUGGCGGCUGAAGGAUUUUCUGCUGUUUCGGAGCUCUUCGGAGGGUCGGGUGGCGAGCAAAGACGUGUUGAGGAAGUACUCGGCGUUGUCGAAGAAGAGCGAGGACGCAAGGAACUCGAGCUUCCGGUCGGCCGACGGAGAGGGCUCGGUGUCCGGUUCGCGGCGGAGAGGACCGGUUUCGGCUCACGAGUUGCACUACACAGCGAACCGGGCGGUUUCGGAGGAGAUGAGGAAGAAGACGUUUUUGCCCUACAAGCAGGACCUACUGGGGUGCCUGGGGUUUGGGCAUGGUGUGAAAGAGAUUUCCAGGGGCAUUGGGUCUUUGACACGUGGAUGAUCCAGAUCACUCGAUCUGUCUGUCUCCUCUUCCUUUUUUUUUUGGAUUGUUCCAUAUACAUAUAUACUUUUUUUUUUUGGUAAUUUAGGUAUGGUUGUUGAUGGGGUAAUUUUUUGUUGUUAAUUUCUUCCCCCCAACAAAUGGAAUUCGAAAAAUUGAAGGACCACCCAGAAGAAUUAA